AUGUUCCAGGCAAAUCUGACAUCUGUAACAAUGUUUUUCUUCCUGGGAUUUUCCCACUACCCCAAAGUUGAGAUAAGCAUAUUUGUGCUGUGUUUGCUGAUGUACCUGAUCACCUUGCUGGGAAAUAUGAUUCUGAUCUCCAUCACUAUCUUGGAUUCCCACCUACACACACCUAUGUACUUCUUCCUCAGCAAUCUCUCCUGUUUAGACAUCUGGUACACCUCUUCUGCUUUCCCUCCAAUGCUGAUAAACUUUGUGUCAGGGGAAAACACCAUCUCAUUCUUAGGAUGUGCUGCUCAGAUGUACUUCUCUCUGGCCAUGGGCUCCACUGAGUGUAUGCUCCUGUCUAUGAUGGCAUAUGAUCGGUAUGUGGCCAUCUGCAACCCUCUAAGGUACCCCAUUAUCAUAAACAAGAGGGUUUGUGUGCAGAUUGCAGCUGGCUCCUGGGUAACAGGCUGCUUCACUGCCCUGGUGGAAACAGUGUCUUUGCCCUUCUGUGGAAAAAAUGUCAUCAAUCAUUUUGUUUGUGAAAUAUUGGCCUUUGUCAAGCUAGCUUGCACAGAUAUAUCCUUGAAUGAGAUUACUAUCAUGUUGGGCAACGUAAUAUUUUUGUUUGUUCCAUUACUGUUAAUUUGUAUCUCCUACAUUUUCAUCCUUUCUACUGUACUAAGAAUCAAUUCAGCUGAAGGAAGAAAAAAGGCUUUUUCCACCUGCUCAGCCCACAUAAUGGUGGUGAGUGUGUUUUAUGGGACAAUCCUCUUCAUGUAUAUGAAGCCAAAGUCCAAAGACGCUGCUUUUGACAAAUUGAUUGCCCUGUUCUAUGGAGUAGUCACACCGAUGCUCAAUCCUAUCAUCUAUAGCCUGAGGAAUACAGAAGUGCAUGGUGCUAUGAGAAAAUUCACAGCUAGACUGUUUCUGGAGGAAAGAAUGAGAAUUUUGCAUUUUUGA